CAUCCGUUCGAUCCUCUCCUCCGUUCAGACAUAUUUCUCCGACAUCAAUCAUUACAUUCUUAUCCCGUGUUAAAAUUUUUGGUAUUCGAGAAAAAGAAACGGGAAGACGAGGAAGCGAGGAGAGACUCUUUUGCGAAAAAGUGCCAAGUGGAGACAACAAUCUGUCAUCUGUCAAACUCCCAAAUGCUGGUUGACAGUUCUUUGACAGUUGGAGCUUCCUUUCCCACGGUCUCGUUUCGCGACUCCAAACGUCAGAUUGAUCAUCAACACUCAUCUCGGGGAUAUGUCAUCAUGGUGAUUGCUCAUACAUAGAGAUACAUCCGGCUACGUGGGACGUAUUUUUCCGCCUCCCGGAGAAUCAGCUGUACUUUUUGCUCUCGCACGAGGUAAUUCGACGACGAGGAUGACUACGGACAAAGUCACCCUAGGCGACGCUCUGUCGAACGUCGACGUCCUGGACGAAUUUACGUUGCCGGACGAACAACCCUGUAUAGAGGCUCAACCAUGUUCCGUGGUGUAUCAAGCAAACUUCGAUACCAAUUUCGAAGACAGGAACGGUUUUGUCACCGGCAUCGCCAAAUAUAUCGAGGAAGCAACCGUACAUGCGAGUUUGAAUGAAUUAUUGGAGGAAGGUUUAGAGCAUGCUGUCAUGUUGUAUACAUGGAGAUGCUGCUCCCGUGCAAUACCACAACCAAAGUCUAACGAACAGCCAAACAGAGUAGAAAUUUAUGAAAAGACUGUAGAAGUAUUGGCACCUGAAGUGAAUAAAUUAUUAAAUUUCAUGUACUUCCAAAGAAAAGCGAUCGAACGGUUUUCAGGAGAAGUUAAGCGUUUGUGCCAUCAUGAGAAGAGAAAAGAUUUUGUGUCUGAAGCAUAUCUCUUAACUUUGGGAAAAUUCAUCAAUAUGUUUGCUGUAUUAGAUGAAUUGAAGAAUAUGAAAUCUAGUGUAAAGAAUGAUUAUUCUACAUAUAGAAGAGCUGCACAGUUUUUGAAAGUGAUGUCAGAUUCACAGACAUUGCAAGAGUCACAGAAUUUAUCAAUGUUCUUGGCAACACAGAAUAAAAUUCGCGACACUGUUAAAGAAAAUCUAGAAAAGAUUACAGGAUACGAAGAAUUACUCGCGGACGUUGUUAAUAUUUGUGUUCAUAUGUUUGAAACCAAAAUGUAUCUUACACCUAACGAGAAGCACAUGUUGGUGAAAGUAAUGGGCUUUGGUUUAUUCUUAAUGGACAGCGAACUGUGUAAUAUCAAUAAACUCGAUCAGAAAAAGAAAUUGAAGUUAGAUAGAAUUGACAGAAUCUUCAAGAACUUAGAAGUAGUUCCAUUGUUCGGGGAUAUGCAAAUUGCACCAUUCAAUUAUAUCAAACGUUCGAAACACUUUGAUGCCUCAAAAUGGCCGUUAUCUGCCUCGUCGAAUAACAUCAGUCCACAAGCAGAUCUUAUGGUACAUCUUCCUCAAAUUAGAGAGGACCAUGUGAAAUAUAUCAGUGAAUUGGCAAGGUAUAGUAAUGAAGUUACUACAACAUAUAAGGAAUGCCGAAGCGAUACAGAGAAUCGGGAUACUGCGGAGUUGGCGUUACGUGGACUGCAGUUACUUUCACAAUGGACCAGUGUUGUAACGGAACUGUACAGUUGGAAACUAUUGCAUCCCACUGAUCAUCAUAUGAAUAAAGAAUGUCCACAGGAGGCUGAGGAAUAUGAAAGAGCUACACGUUAUAAUUAUACCGAUGAAGAGAAAUUCGCUCUUAUAGAAGUUAUAGCAAUGAUUAAAGGAUUGCAGGUAUUGAUGGCACGUAUGGAAACUGUUUUUAUUGAUGCAAUACGUAGAAAUAUAUAUGCCGAGUUGCAAGAUUUUGUACAACUCGCAUUACGUGAACCCUUAAGAAAAGCAAUCAAAAAUAAAAAGGAUUUAAUCAGAAGUAUCAUCGUUUCCGUCAGAGAAACCUGCGCUGAUUGGCAUUUUGGAGUAGAACCACUCGGAGAUCCCGCAUUAAAGGGCAAGAAAGAUCCAGAUAACGGAUUCGGGAUUAAAGUCCCGCGAAGAAACGUUGGUCCGUCCUCCACGCAACUUUAUAUGGUACGAACCAUGCUGGAAUCGUUAAUCGCUGAUAAAAGCGGAGGCAAACGCACUCUGAGGAAAGAUAUCGAUGGUCAAUAUCUCUUCCAAAUCGAUCAAUUUCACAAAACCAGUUUCUACUGGAGUUAUUUGUUGAAUUUCAGCGAGUCUCUACAGAAUUGUUGCGACUUGUCACAACUAUGGUAUAGAGAAUUUUAUUUAGAAAUGACAAUGGGUAGAAAGAUACAGAAAUGCCAAGUACGUCAUCAACAUAAUGAGGAAUGCAGCGAUCUGAUCACCAUGGAGAAACGUAUUCAGUUUCCCAUUGAAAUGUCCAUGCCAUGGAUAUUGACCGAUCAUAUAUUAAGAAGUAAGGAACCGUCAAUGAUGGAAUAUGUUUUAUACCCUCUGGAUUUAUAUAACGACAGCGCGUUAUACGCGCUGACCAUAUUCCGUAAGCAAUUUCUAUACGAUGAGGUAGAAGCUGAAGUGAAUUUGUGCUUCGAUCAAUUUGUUUACAAACUUAGCGAGCAGAUUUUCGCGCAUUACAAGCAGCUAGCGGCCAGCAUCCUGUUGGACAAACGAUUCAGGGUAGAGUGCGUAGCUCUCGGGGCAUAUCUACUCCCGUAUCCACGUGCCAAUAGAUACGAGACGUUGCUGAAACAGAGACACGUUCAGCUGCUUGGAAGAAGCAUCGAUCUGAACAAACUUAUAACGCAGCGUAUUAACGCGGAUAUGCAAAAAUCCUUGGAUCUGGCUAUUAGCAAGUUCGAAUCCGGCGAUAUUACUGGAGUUAUCGAACUGGACGGAUUGUUGCAAGUCAAUCGUCUUACUCACAAACUUUUAUGCAAGUGGCUCGCUCUGGACGAAUACGAUGCUAUGUUUAGGGAAGCGAAUCACAACGUUCUGGCUCCAUAUGGACGAAUCACUCUUCACGUCUUCUGGGAAUUGAAUUAUGAUUUUUUGCCAAAUUAUUGUUACAACGCUGCCACAAAUAGAUUUGUUAAAUGUCGCGGUCUACAAUUUGUACAACCAGUUCACAGAGAUAAACCUCCGCAAAUGUCUCAUCACUAUCUCUGGGGUAGUAAACAAUUAAACCUGGCUUAUAGCACUCAGUAUGGACAGUACACGGGAUUCGUCGGUCCGCAUCACUUUCGUACCAUAUGCAAGCUCCUCGGAUAUCAAGGAAUAGCUGUAGUCAUGGAAGAACUCUUGAAAAUCGUCAAAACUCUGAUCCAAGGAAGCUUACACCAGUUCACCAAGACCUUGAUGGAAGCUAUGCCGAAAGUCUGCAAACUUCCGCGAUACGAUUACGGAUCCCCAGGCGUUCUAGGCUACUAUCACGCUCAAUUGAAUGAUAUCGUACAAUAUCCGGAUGCUAAAACUGAACUGUUUCAUAAUUUUCGCGAAUUUGGCAAUACGAUUCUAUUUUGUCUAAUGAUGGAACAAUCUCUGUCGCAAGAGGAGGUGUGCGAUCUGCUACACGCGGCGCCCUUUCAAAACAUUUUACCGAGACCUUAUUGCAAAGAGGGAGAAAAACCCGAGACUAAACAGAAACGACUAGAAGCGAAAUAUUCGGCUUUGCAAAUUGUUCCGAAUGUCGAUAAAUUAGGCACCGCUAAACAAGCGAUGAUUGCCAGAGAAGGAGAUUUAUUAACGCGCGAGCGACUGUGCUGCGGUUUAUCGAUAUUUGAAGUUGUACUCAGUAGAUUGCGAAGCUUUUUGGAUGAUCCUAUUUGGGUCGGACCACCGCCAGCGAAUGGCGUAAUGAACGUGGACGAAUGCACGGAAUUUCAUAGACUUUGGAGCGCUCUUCAAUUUGUAUACUGCAUUCCCGUUGGAGAAACGGAAUUUACUGUCGAAGAAUUGUUCGGUGAAGGCUUACACUGGGCUGGAUGUGCCAUGGUCGUUCUUCUGGGUCAACAACGCAGGUUUGAAGCGCUCGACUUUUGCUACCAUAUUCUUAGAGUGCAACGUGUAGAUGGCAAAGACGAAAAUGUUAAAGGAAUACAUCUGAAGAGAAUGGUGGAUCGGAUAAGACGAUUUCAAGUUCUAAAUUCACAAAUAUUCGCCGUGUUGAAUAAAUAUUUGAAGAGCGGAGAUAGUGAUGCGGCAAGCGUGGAACACGUGCGAUGCUUCCAGCCACCGAUUCAUCCCUCAUUGGCACAUGCGCAACAGCAUUAUCACGCGCCGGAAUAUUUGCGUCAAAUAAAUCAUCAAUAAAAGAAUAAAUCAUAAAAAGAAGACUGUAUUUUACGUCGUAACGACAAACUCGAACGAGAAGACUCAAAGAAAAAAAUCAUUCCUUUUUAAAGAUAUUUCUGAAGUAUCUAUAAAAACUAUUCAUCUUUUAUAUCAAUGUCGAACUAUCGUUUAUACUAUUUAAUGCGACUGCUAUGAAUGUUAUCAGAACAGACAUUUUUUACGACAAACGAGAUUUAGAGAGAAAGAGAAAAAGCUUUAAAAAAGAUUGCGAACGACAAAGUUGAAUAUUUAAUCUACAGGCAUGAUUUUUCUUGAUCCAUUUCUCAUACAAUGUACGUUUAGAUAGGUAGAUUUAUAUAAUUGCACUGCUUUACUUUAAUCAUUCAUAGGACUGGUAAUGUACGAACUAUAUAAAUAUAUCUUGAUCCACAUCGAUGUAUGGUGGAAUAUGUAAUAUUUUUUGUAAUAUGUUCUACGUUUAAUCGAAACAAAGUAUUAUACAUAAAUAUUAUUCAUAUCAUACGUGUAAAUUUGUGUAGUACUUCUUAUGUAUUGGUAACUAUGUAUAAAAUGCACAUGUUUCAUAAUAUUA